CCAAGAGAAAGAUUGCAAAUUGCAUGCGAAGCGACCCGAAGUGAGUGGAUAGGUCAAUAGUAGUCGGCUGAAGUGAAAUAUUAAUUUAUUCCUAAUUUAUAAGUCACAAAUUAGAUAUUAAAAAACAAAAUGUUCACAAAAUAUAUCCUAACUUUAUUCUUCGUCGUACUAUCCGGCCGUGCCCUGGCCGAGAGCUGUAAAAAUCCAAAAGUGGAGGCAGCUUCAUUUACCAGUCUAGAUGCGACGGUUGUAACACAAAUAGCUUACAUUACUGAAUUCACACUGAAAUGUGAUAAUGAGCUACCUGAGAACUACGCUUUGUAUGCUGAAGUCGAAGGGAAACCUCUGGCUGCGGCGCGAGUCGGCAAAAACAAGUACCAGGUGUCCUGGACUGAAGAACCUGCCAAAGCACGCUCUGGCACACACAAGGUGCACAUCUUAGAUGAGGAAGGCUGGGCUUCUCUCAGACGUGCGCGUCGUGCUGAUCCCGCCGCUGUCGUGGCACCUCUGCUGGCAAUUGAGUUGCAGCAUCCCGGCAGUUACUCUGGACCGUGGGUGAAUUCAGAAUUGCUUGCCACAGUGACCUCAAUCUUUGUCGCAUAUGUCGCUCUCCGCAACAAGAGCAAGAUUUUGGCAUAAUUUUAAUUUACUAAAUUAAUUUAUAAAUAAGUGAAUACAGUUGAUAACUUUUUUAAA